CUAAUUUAUGUUGUAAAUAUAAAUGAUUUUAGCGAUGAUCAGUUUUGUUUUAUUUCAACUCGUGAUAAGGGAGAUAACUCGUACUGGCAUACACCAGACAGAUUCUCAAUUACGGAAAUUACCGAAGGUUUCCGAUGUUAUGAAUAGCAGCAGAUUUUAAUUGACGCGCAUGCGUGGUCAGUUGUUUACAAUCAAAAUCUGCGGUAAAGCGUGUACAAUUUGUAGCUGCUUUUUCAAUCAAUUUCAUCAAAAAACCGAAGGGAACAAGAACUUCACUCGGUGAUACACAAACGGUUUGUGCCAGUUCAACUUAUGGGAACCGAAUACAGAUCCCAGGCGUUGGAUUAGCGUGGAACCAGACGAUUGGAAAGCCAGCUUAAGACCCUCACUGGACAUUGUCCAGUUUUUACGCGCGCCAUACCUAGCGAACCACACAGUCAACAACAAAGGCAAAAUCAGGUUGCAUCACCACACAACCCGGAGAUGACAUCCAGGCCUCAAAAGAAGCGACGGCGGGUACAGGAAGUGGCCACCGUCCCAGCAACCACUUCCCAGGCAACUUCAUCACCAAUACCGGUACCACCUUCAGCUGAUUUCAUGGCCAUGAUGCAGACAUGCAUCACUGCAGCAAUUCCAACUAUCACUCAGACAGUGAUAGCCAGCCUCAACAGAGCUGGAGAAGGAAAUAAUGCUAGUGCAACAGCAACCUCUCCCAGUUCCAGUGAACAGACAGUGCCAUUGGACAUUCCAACAGAGGUUGAUCAGUCGUCUGGACCAUCGACAGGACCAGCCACUGCAGCAGCUGAGUUCUGUCUUUCAAAUAUGACAGCUCCAAGAAAUGAGGAUCAGAUGCAUGACAGUGAGUAUACUCACAACCAUUCUCAAACUGUCAAACGCAAUCUCACUAAACCAAUUGACCUCGGUUUAGAUACAAAAAUUAAAAACAAAAUUGUAUCCGAUGAAUACGUAGACAUGGGUGUGUUGUUAAACCCAGGACAGGACACCAAAGACAAAUACACUACAGAAAUAAAGGAUGGGUCCCUCGCAUUAGUGAAGGUCCCUUCCACCAGAAAAAUGGACUCUGUCAACCAAUGGUUAAAUUGUUUUAAUGUUUUUGGUGCUAUUUACAGCAAACGCCACCCCGAAAGUGGCCAUAAGUUAUUUCAAUAUGCCAGACGGGUACAGGCAAUAGCUGAGGAAUCUGGGGAUUCGGCAGCUAUAGCCUAUGAUAAAUCUUUUCGCUUGUGGCGCGAGCGCGAGCCUGAAGACUGUCCCUGGGACCAAUUAAAUGUUGCCUUGUAUCACGAAGCGUUAGCAGAAGGUUUGGUGUCAAAAUUCCGCGGUAAGCAGGGACAGUCUUUUCGCUCUAACUCCAACCAAAAACGGCCCUUUCGUCAGAACAAGAAGCGUGUGUACUGCCACAGCUUCAACAAUAACAAAGGGAAUUGUCAAAGAGGGCAGUCGUGUACAUACCCCCAUAUCUGUGAAUACUGUGGGGGGAACCAUGACAGGGCAAAAUGUACUAACAACAAAUCUGAGCCCACAGUCAAAAACGCACAUAAACAACCAGCCCCAACUACUCAAAACAAAUCCAAAUAGAUCAGUGCAGAUUAGUCAGAAUUACCAAACAGUUCCCACUCCUGUUAAAGUUGAUAAAUUAGGUAGUUUUUUGAAGGGAUACAGUGAAAAAACUUUUCUGGUACAAGGUUUUAAAUAUGGUUUUCACAUCCCCUUUUCAGGGGAGAGAACACAUAGACUUUGUUCAAAUUUGCAAUCGGGAAAGGUUCAUGAGGAUAUUUUGAAAAUGAAAAUAGAUAAGGAAGUAUCCGCUGGUAGAGUUGGGGGGCCCUUCGAUUCGUUACCUAUGCCUACGUUACAGGUAUCUCCCUUAGGCUUAGUGCCCAAAAAAGCACCCAAUGAAUAUCGAGUAAUCCAUCAUCUAUCUUAUCCAUCAGGUAGUUCUAUUAAUGAUGGGAUUGACCAAGCAGAUAGGUCAGUUUCAUAUCAAACAGUGGAUGAUGCUGUUCAGUAUAUAAUACAGUACGGAGCAGGAACUUUGAUGGCAAAAACAGAUAUUGAACAUGCCUACAAAAUAGUACCCAUCCAUCCUCAGGAUUAUGACUUGUUAGGUUUUAAGGUGGGGAAUCAGUUUUAUUAUGACCGUACUCUUCCCAUGGGUUUGAGUUAUUCCUGUCAGUUAUUUGAAAAGUUUAGUACAGCUAUUCACUGGAUCCUAGAAAACAAAUUUAAAAUCGAAGGAUGCGUUCACAUUUUGGACGAUUUCUUAUUUUUAGGACGCCCUAACACAACUGAAUGCAAACGGAACUUGUUCACAUUUUGUGAGGUCGCAGCAGUGUUAGGUAUUCCUAUCAAAGAGGCUAAGACAGUGCCUCCUACAACAGUCAUAACAUUUCUAGGCUUAGAAUUAGAUUCUGAGUCUAUGGAAAUAAGGUUGCCCCAGGACAAGUUGGUUAAGCUUAGAGCUGAAUUACUGGCUAUGUCCAACAGGAAGAAAGUUACACUUCAUCAACUUCAAUCCUUGAUUGGUUUGCUCAAUUUCGCUUGUUCGGUAGUUGUCCCAGGUCGUACAUUUUUACGUCGUCUAAUAGAUCUCACAAUGGGACUUACAAAUCCUCAACAUUUCAGACGCUUAAACCUAGAAGCCCGUGCUGAUAUCGCGGCGUGGUUGGUGUUUAUUGAGAAUUUCAAUGGCCGAGCAUUGUUCCUUCCAGUGGAAUUUGUAACAUCCCAGUCUUUGGAAAUGUACACUGAUGCUAGUGAUUUAGGAAUGGGGGGAUUUUUCGGAACACAUUGGUUCUGUCAGGAAUUUUCCCCUGAGUGGCUUACUUUUCCAAUUACAGUACGCGAAUUUCUUCCAAUAGUUAUCGCCAUUGAGAUAUGGCAUGACAAGUUAAGGAACAAGCGUAUACAGUUUUUCUCUGACAACAUGGCAGUUGUGUAUAUAAUCAACAAACAUACCUCCAAAAACCCCUCUCUCAUGAAACUCAUGCGAAGGUUCAUGGUUAAUGUUUUGAAGUACAAUAUUUUGUUCCAAGCUGUACAUGUGCCAGGUCUACAUAACAUAGCAGCGGAUCAUCUUUCUCGUUUACAGAUGGAGCAGUUUUUCCAACAGUUUCCACACAUGGACAAAGACCCCACCCAUAUACCACCUCAUCUGUUGACUCUCUGAACCAAACAGCGGGUUUAUUACUUACCAGUUCAUUGUCAGAAUCUUCUGCAGCUUCUUAUAAACAUGCAUUUCGGGUGUAUACUAGGUUUCUUCAUCAACAUUUAAACCCACAGCUUAAGGCAAUACCACCAAAUGUACAACAUUUGGCUUUGUUCAUAGCUCAUUGUUAUCAAAUAGGACUAGCAGCAGCUACAGUCACAACAUAUGUGUCUGCCUUAGGUUACAUUUUUAAAAUGGGUAACUUUGAAGAUAUCACCCAGCAUUUUGUCAUUAAGAAAACACUGCAAGGCUUCCAAAAGUUAAAAAAUACUCAAGAUUCAAGACUUCCCAUUACCCCUCAUGUACUUUACAAGUUGGUAGAUUCACUGCCUGAGUCAACCUCCUCCUAUUUCCAUAGGGUAACAUUUAAGGCUAUGUUUUUAUUGGCUUUCCACGCCUUCUUAAGAAUAGGUGAGAUGACGUAUACAGGCACAAAAAAUCAACACUUUUUAUUACGGAAGCAUGUGGUGGUCAAAGGGGACACAGCAUCUCCUGAGACAAUAGAAAUAACUUUCGCUCAUUUUAAACAUGGAGUACAACCAUCAAGUACACACUCUGUUUCAGCGAAUGGGACAAAUUCUACAUACUGUCCUGUUUUAGCCCUCAAAACAUACCUGUCUCUUAGGAAACAUGAAAAUGUGGAUCAGCCACUUUUUUCAUUCAUGGACGGGUCCCCAAUCUCCCGUAAUUUCUUUACACAACAGCUUAAAUCAUCACUUAAAUGGGCAGGACUCCAUGAACAAAAUUACAAAUCCCAUAGUUUUCGAAUUGGAGCUGCUACCACUGCAGCUACCCAAGGUAUCAGUGAAAACCAAAUUCAAAUUAUGGGUAGAUGGAAAUCGGGGGCAUUCAAGAAGUAUAUCAGGGUUCCAAUGAUUCAGAUAUAGACAUGUACACGACUGCCCUACAUACAUAUAUUAUAUAUAUACAAUCACCUUAUCGCCAUGGAGUUAGUGGCUUCUGGCAGAAGGUUUGUUGAUGUAUUGGAUAAUAUGGUACUAUGUGUAAGCCAAUUAUUGUUUUCUUUAAUGUAAUGUAUAAUCAGAUAUACACGUCCAUUACCAUUACCAUGGAGUUAGUGGCUUCUGGUAACGGUUACCAUAUAAGUAAUAUUUUGCAUGUUGUCUGAUAAUGUUUUUUAUACAUUUUUCAACCCUUGGUGCAUAUGUACGGUGUGUUAUCUAGUCUGUCUUUAAAUAUUAACACGGCUGAAGGCUUUGUUACACAGAAAAUAAAUUCCAUAGGAUAAUUAACCUCGGGUAAUGUUUUUCCAUUUACUAGUCAAUUGUUAUUUUGAAUAUACAUUUUUCAGUUGUGUUCAUUUUAUUAUUAUCCGAUUCGCAUUUGAGGAUUUCAUGGGGUAAGAGGCCUCUGAUUUCACCAAGGCACAGUAACAUUUUGCAAAUGAAAACUUUGUCAUGUGGGUUGAAGGAAACUCUUGAUCUUCAAGUGUUUCCCAUUUAUUUUAAUUUUUGUGUUUUUUAUAGUAGAUUUUCUGAAAAAUUUUGAUAUUUUAAAUUGCUCUGCUGUUGAGAGCUAGUACCAUAUCAACUCCCAUGGGGUUAAUGGCCUCUGGGAGGCAAUUAUGGUUAGUCAAUUUUGUCAGAGUACAUGUAUACAUGCAGGUAUACUGGUACACAUUUGUUUAAUUUAUUAUUUUUUCAAAAAAUUCUUAGUAUUGGAUGUGGAUGGGGGUAUAUAGCCAGCCAUUUGGAUGUAUAUCCAACCGUCUGACUAUAUGGUGGCGUAAUUGGUUCCCCAUCUUUGUAUAAAGGGGUUCUAAAUAUUAGUCCCAUUUUAUGUAACAGAUCACUUUGUACAAGUUUGUACAAAAAAGUAAAGAUGAAAUUUAUUCGUCAUUUAAAAGAUUUAAUAAAUGACAUUUUUCACUUUCAAUCUUGAUUCUGUUAUGUUUUUAAUCUUUAUACAAACAGAGCACAUCCACACCUAUCUUGAUGCAUAGCUAAAGGCUAAUUUAUGUUGUAAAUAUAAAUGAUUUUAGCGAUGAUCAGUUUUGUUUUAUUUCAACUCGUGAUAAGGGAGAUAACUCGUACUGGCAUACACCAGACAGAUUCUCAAUUACGGAAAUUACCGAAGGUUUCCGAUGUUAUGAAUAGCAGCAGAUUUUAAUUGACGCGCAUGCGUGGUCAGUUGUUUACAAUCAAAAUCUGCGGUAAAGCGUGUACAAUUUGUAGCUGCUUUUUCAAUCAAUUUCAUCAAAAACCACCACCCACCCCUUCCUCCUUGAUCACGAAGUUGUUAAAUAUCGAGAUAUAUAUAUUAAAUGGUGUAUGAUUUUAUACAGAAAGUCAGUAGGUCUGAUUUUCGGCUUCAUGAUGUUUUUGUGACAUUGUAUGAGUAUUAAUGUUGUAUGAAUUUUUUACAUGAAAUCAGAUAUGUCUGACUUGUGACUUCAUGAUGUAUGAUGUUUUAUGACAUUGUAUGAGUAUUAUUGUUGUAUGAGUUUUAUACAUAAAGUCAGGUAUGUCUGACUUAAGACUUUAUGUUUUAUCACAUUGUAUGAGUUGCAUUGUAUGAGUUGGCGUAAUUGGUUCCCCAUCUUUGUAUAAAGGGGUUCUAAAUAUUAGUCCCAUUUUAUGUAACAGAUCACUUUGUACAAGUUUGUACAAAAAAGUAAAGAUGAAAUUUAUUCGUCAUUUAAAAGAUUUAAUAAAUGACAUUUUUCACUUUCAA